AUGACCGGAAGACCAAGACACGAUUGGUUCCAAAGCGACAGCGACGUCGUCUUAACGAUUCUGAAGCGCAACGUACCACUGGAUGAUUGCCACGUGGAAAUCUCGAAUGAGAACAAGAUCACAGUGAAGCAAGGCGACGAGAUUCUAUUCGAAGGAACACUUUUCAGUGAAGUGAAGAAUAAUGACUUCACUGUUCAGUGCACCACUGCCAAGAUCGAGAUCCGUCUGCCGAAACUCAUCCGUCACCAACGCUGGAACUCUCUUCUCAGCGACGGUCAAGGAGGCGCUCCAACCGCUCCGAUUGCCAUCCCGAUUCCUCCCAGCAGCACACCGUCAACCACUGCUACAACGAAGAAAAAUUGGGAUGCGAUUGAGAAAGAAGCGGUGAAAGCGGAGGAAGACGAGAAGUUGGAAGGCGACGCCGCUGUCAACAAAAUGUUCCAAAAAAUCUACGCAGACGCAUCGGACGACGUUCGACGUGCCAUGAUGAAGAGUUAUUCUGAAUCGAAUGGCACCGUCUUGUCGACCAAUUGGAAUGAGAUCAGCAAGAAGAAGACGGAAACUCAGCCACCUGCGUGUAUGGAAUAUAAGAAAUUUUGA